AUGUCGGAGAAGCAAGAUGUCAACGGAGACGUCCUGUAUCAACAUGAUAUCCAGUCUACGGAGUCUACGAAUGUCGGAUCUAGCUCGAAUGUCUCACAAGGAACGACUUUUGGCGACGACAACUCUGGAAGGACCCCGACACCUGACUUGAAAGGCGAGAAGGAUAUUUCGGCUUAUGUCACGGAGAAGGGAAUCGAUGAAGAUGUGGAAGAGAUACCAGAUGACGAUCCUUUACUGCGAGAUAUUCCCUGGCAAGUCCGACGCGUGGUUAGCUUGGUAGAUGACACUACCUUAUCAGUUUUCACCUUUCGCUACUUCUUCCUAACACUUCUGUUUAUCGUUCCCGGAGCCUUCUUGACGCAGCUGGACCAAUACCGAACGACAUUCGCACCAUAUUCGAUAUUCUUCGUUCAGAUCGCCAGCAAUUAUGUCGGCGAUUGGAUGGCAAGGACUCUACCGGCUUGGGAAAUUCGAUUGCCAUUUACGAAGAAGAGCUUCAAUCUGAAUCCAGGUCCAUUUAGCCCGAAAGAACAUGUCAUGGUGACACUAUCAGCAUCUUCAGGAGCCACUUAUAACCUGGCGUUUGUGCCGAUAUCGAUGUCCGAAUUGUACUUUGACAAUAAGAUCAAUCCAGCCGUUGCACUGUCUUUUAUGAUUGCCGUCGUCUUCAUAGGGUACAGUUAUGCUGCGAUUGCAAGGCAGUUUUUGGUUUAUGAUCCUCAGUAUCCUUGGUACCAAGCACUCUGUCAGACCGCCCUAUUCGAGACACAAAAGAAACAGCGAGAAUCUCCUUCUCCGGUAUCCCGACGACAGAUGAUCGUUUUCUGGUUGGUUCUGAUAGGUAUCACGCUGUGGCAAUUUCUACCAGAAUAUUUAUUUCCAUUCUUGCAGUCGCUGUCAUUCUUGUGCUGGGUUGCACCAAAGAAUGAGGUUGCAAAUUUUAUAGGUGGAGGCCAAGGUGGAAUGGGAUUUUUGAACUUGAGUCUGGAUUGGUCGAAUAUCAGCGCUUUCAAUGAUAUGGGUAGUCUGUUCCUAACCCCAUGGUGGACUCAAGUCAUUGUAUUCUUGGGAUUCGUAAUCAACUGCUGGAUUCUUCUGCCACUUGCGAAAUGGGGUGGUUUAAAUGGAGGUUGGAAUCACCAUUUGAUGUCUAAUCGACUCUACACUGCAAACGGCACAAGAUAUCCAAUCAAACAAAUCAUGACCUCUAUGCCAUCCCUAAACGAAACCGCAUACAAUGAACUCGGCCCGCUAUAUGUUUCAGCUCAACUCCGAUGGGGAAUGUUUUUCGAUUUUGCAUCAUACACAUCAGCUAUGGUAUGGAUGGCAAUGUUCGGCUACCCAGCUUUGAAGGACGCUUGGAAGAAACACUGGGAGCGGAGAAAGACCGGAUGCACCAAAACCGCCAAUGAACAAUAUACUGAUCAGUUAAAUGUGUUGAUGAGAAGUUACGAGGAGGUACCUUUACACUGGUAUCUCGUUUUGAUGGCUAUCAGCUUCAUAAUAAUCUUCACGACUAUUAGCGCCUCAAAUUUAUAUAUGCCUUGGUGGACAGCUUUUGUCGCUGUAGCUACCGGGGCUGUAGUAGUAGUACCUCUGGGUUGGCUAUAUGCUGUUUCCAACUUCCAGCUCCCUAUCGGGACAACAAACGAGCUUCUGUACAGCUUGAUGGUUAAUGCUGUGGACGGCUACAAGAAUCCAGUUGGCGCUUUCUUUUAUAGCACAAUCGCAGGAGACGCGUGGUACCGGGCCCAGAUCAUGCUUCAAGAUCAAAAGAUCGGUCAUUACAUGCACAUUCCGCCGCGGGCAGUCUUUUUCUCUCAGGUGUUUGGCUCGAUGAUAGGAGUUCCCAUCAAUUAUGGAGCCAUCCGCUGGGUACUCGAUACCAAAUUUGAUUUGAUCGCUGGAAAUGUCAUCGACCCGACACAUCAGUGGACAGGCCAAGGACUGGCGAGUAGUUUGACCGUCGCCACUCAAUAUGUAUUAGUGGGACCAACGCGACUGUUCUCCGGCCAUCUAUAUCGUUCUCUUCCCUACGGCUUCCUACUCGGCGCACUCACCCCUCCAAUUCUCUACCUCCUCCACCUGACAUUCCCAAAAGCAAAAUUUAACCUCUGGAACAGCACCAUCUUCUACUGCACCCUCGGCGCUUUCUGGGGAAAUCUCACUUCCGGCACGACUUCUAGCAUCAUCGGUGGCUACGUCGUCAUGUACUGGGCAUAUCGUAAGCACUACGAAUUGUGGGCGCGAUAUAAUUAUAUCCUCGCUGCGGCGUUCGACGCUGGGUUUAAUCUCAAUCUACUCAUUCUGUUUCUGGGGAUGGGCGCGGGGAAGAUCGUGACGAUGCCGCAUUGGUGGGGGAAUAAUGCUGAGAGCGUGGAGAGGUGUUUUGCUAUGCCUAAAGGCUAG